CGACAACACAACACGCUAGAGCCGAAGUGGUAUGCGUUACGUGCACGGAGACAGGCCCACUACCGAUCCUCUUGUGCACACAACGGGUUUGUUAUUAACUGAUCGACUAUUCCGUUCGAGAGCUGUAUUCGCCACUUCCUACGUCGCGCGCCGGUCAGCCAUUCUAGUUCGGCUCAGUCUGCAAAUAUCGUUCAACGAGUUUGGCAGUCAUCAUCGGUGAGCCGGGUAUUUUUGUUUAAAUUAAAGUUCCUUAAAGUAUUACCAAGUGAAACCAGCAGGGCAAAUAUGGCCUUCCGAGUGUUCGCCAACUCCAACAGCCUCAAGCAGGCCAUCGUGAUCUCCGACCUGCUGGCCAGGUCCUUCUGCAGUGGUCCCAAGAAUGUCGGUUUCAUUGGGCUGGGCAACAUGGGCAGUCCCAUGGCUGGACAUCUCAUGGCCAAGGGUCACAAGCUGCACGUGUUCGACAUUUCGCAGGAAGCCAAGGACAACCUGAAGGCCAAGGGUGCCACCACCUACGACAAUGUUUCCGAUUUGGCCAAGGCCUCGGACUUUGUCGUCACGAUGCUGCCAAACAACGAUAUUGUCGCCAACACCUAUGACACCAUCCUGGCCGGUGGAGUCAACAGCAGCACCUUCUUCGUCGACUCCAGCACCAUCGAUCCCAAUGUGGCCAAGGCUGUCCAGCAGAAAAUCAAGGCUGCCGGAGCCACUUUCGUUGAUGCCCCUGUGUCCGGCGGUGUGCCCGGAGCUCAGAACGCCACCCUGACUUUCAUGGUCGGUGGAACCCAGGAUGAAUAUGACCGCGUCAAGGGUCUGCUGGAAGGAAUGGGCAAGAAAAUCACGUACUGUGGUACCACCGGUAUGGGGCAGGCCGCCAAAGUGUGUAACAACAUGAUGCUUGGUAUCUCCAUGUGCGGUCUGGCUGAGUGCAUGAAUCUGGCUAUCAGGCUCGGCUUGGACCCCAAGGUAUUCAGUGACAUCAUCAACGCUUCCACCGGACGCAGCUGGGCGUCGGAAAUCAACAACCCCGUGCCUGGAGUGCUCCCCAACACACCAGCUGGAAAGGGAUACGCUGGAGGUUUCGCCACCGGUUUGAUUACUAAGGAUCUGGGAAUCGCUUCUGCUGUUGCUACUACCUCAAAUACUCCGAUUCCUCUGGGAGCCCUCACGCAUCAAAUCUACCGUACUUUGAUGGCCAAGGGACUGGCAAACAAGGACUUCUCGGUCGUAUAUGAUUUCAUCAAGAACGACAGCAAAGCCUAAAGUGAUCUUCAUAACCAACCCCCAACAAGGCCGUUCUUUCAGCAAUAAUUGUCUUCCAGAGCAUGCAUUUAAUCAGAUUAAUCAUGAUGAGCUCGUAUCCUCGAUAGGAGCAUAUGAGGCGCAGGGAUUUGUUUAUUAUACAGAGUAUAAAUAGAUGGUAACAUACUUGUAUUAUC